AUGCAGUGGAACAUAGAAUUGCUUCUACUGGCGGUCCUCAUCACAACGGGGAUCGCUGAAGAACUCGACAAAGUAGAUGCACCGGACGCACUCGAUUUCUCCUACGCACGACUCUGGCGAUACGCCCAGCAACAGUGCGAAACGAAGGGUAUAACUCCGACUGAAUUCACUCGGUCGUGGCUAGACGUACGACGCUGUCUGAAGAACACGCUGGACGUGGUGCAGCUGAACGAGGACUCCAUGAGCCUGGACCUAGACAAUACGGAAGUCAUACUGAGCCGUCACUGUCCGAAGCUGUUCGUGGGUGUCAAGUGCUUCGACCCCUUCAUGGACAUAGUGAAGAGUUGCGUGAAUGCGGAGAGCUACGAAAUCUUCCAGGCACUGCGAGGCUGGUUCCAAGAUAUACUAGAAUAUCUAUGCGAGAAUAAUGGUGCCAAUAUCGUUUACAACAAACAGAAGCAUGACGCGUGCACGCGCGAAAUUAACAAGUACAUCAUCACCUGCGCGGCGGAGAAUUUAAUCGGAACGCCUGAGGUCAACCGCAAAACACUUUCCGAAGAGAACUGCAACGCUUUAGCCACAGCGAAGGACUGCCUUCUGGGGAAGCUGAAGGACUGCAGCGUCUUCGCGAACGGUGCGAGAUUGUUCUACGAUAACUUUAUACAGAUUACUUCGUGCAAAAGCAAUAGCCCCCAAACGGAACGAAAAUAA